UACUUGAGAGUCAGUGGUGAUGGACGUGUUUUUCAAAUUGUUGAAAUAUUUGUUUUAAUCAGAUAUUUUGCAAUGCUUGUAUUCAUUAUUUAAAAAUAUAUUCUGUUUAUCUAGAAAUCUCAAACAAAUCACUGAUGACUCGACUAAAUUCUAAUCCACGAGGGUAUGUCAUCGUGGUCAAGUUAUUACUUUUGUUAGGUACUUUUUGUGGAAGAACUGUUGGUGAUAAUCAGACUUUCUGUCCCAAAUAUCUUGUGGAGAAAUGUAUAGACUGUCCAGCAGGAACUUUCCAAAGUCUGACCUCAGAUCUUUGUCUAUGCUGUCCAUCUAAUGGCCAGUGUCCUGGAACAGAAUAUUGCAUGGAUUGUCCUCCUGGCCAGUUCCAGAACAAAUCAAGAGCAACCACCUGUAAUCUGUGUCAUGCAGGCACCUUUUGCAACACUACUGGUUGCACAAGCUGUCAGCCAUGUUCCUCGGGAUCGUAUAGUUCUCUUCCAGGGUCAUUAACCUGUGUUCCCUGUUCUGUUGGCUUUUACCAACCAAUAAGAGGAUCUUCAGAGUGUAUCAAGUGUCCUCCAGGAACAGAAACUAUGUAUUUAGGCCAGAGAAAUUGUAAAAACUGUCGGAAAGGUCAUUUUAAAAACGACAGCAUGACACUGUGUCACCCUUGUCCUGGAGGUCAAGAAACAAAGGAAGAAGGAAAAUAUAACUGCACGUCAUGCAAGCCAGGUUAUCACAAAGAACUCGAAGGAGAACACAUGUGCUAUCCAUGUGAGUUGGGUACUUACACUCUGCUUUAUGGCUCCACUAGUUGCACAUCUUGUCCUUCAGGAUUUUUUUGUCCUUGUAUUCAGUGUGGUCCUAUUCCUUGUCCCGAGGAAGCUGUGUGUCCUCAAGGAAGUUACAACCCCAUCUUCUGUAGCAGUCCUUUCUAUGUGCGUCAAGGCUACAAAUGUUUUAUAGCCGAUUCCAUGGUGGGAAUUAUCAUUGGUUCGUCACUAGUUGUAGUGCUCUUUUUCGUCAUAGUUGCAGCUAAAUUGUAUGUUAAACGAUUAAGAAGAGGAGGUUUGACUGAAAACAGUUCCCUUGUACAAGAUUGCAGUACAGAACCAGUUUACACAGGUCUUUGACCUGACUUGGUAAAGAUGUUGUUUAGGAAAAGAACCACAGUUCGUGUUCCCAGCUUCUAAGCUAGAAUGAGAAGAAAUUCAACCGAACAAGUAAACUGUCAAGUAACAUAUAUUGAAACUUAGAACCAUAAAGAACCAUAUCAAUACUUUGUUGUUUUAUUGUUAUUUAACUGACACUAAAAACAAUAGCAUAAAGAAUGACACAGAUACAUUGAAAUAAGAGAGAAAAAAAUUAUGAUUGUGCAAAGUUUCAAUUUUGGUUUAGCCAUACUUCAGCUGUGAAACUUUGUUGCAAGCCAAACUGUAUGGCUAACUAAUGAAAUGUCAACAACCUAACCUCUUUCAACCAACUUCAUUGAAUUGUAGUGACACAAAGUUUCAAUUUUAUAAAAAAAAAACAGAACUAAAUUUGAAUUAAGGUACAAACUAUUGCAUUUAUCACCUGGAAAUAGCCUUUUGUUGAAAUUUUUUUGUGAAUGGUACUUUUUCAGGCUUUCCAAAAUUUAAACAGAUUCUUCAUCAACAUUGGUUAUAUUGUUCUUGAUGUAAGUUCUACUCCAAACCUUUUUUUAAUUGAUGCAUUUUUGCUGUUUUCUAUGGUUUAUUCAUUCUUCAUCUUUAAUAGUGUUUAGUAUUGUAUACACACGUGAACUUUAGUUUGAGUCCAGUAGAUGGCCAGUUUAAAUUUCAUCAUGCUGACAUUUCUAGCUUCUCAUUUGUUGUCUAGAAAGUUACCAUGGUCACUUUUUUCACAUUAAUGAAAUUGUUAAUAAACGUAUUUAGUGUUCUCUUGUUUUUGUAUUUCAUUUAGAUUGAAAGCCAUGAAUAUCUAUGGUAUUCUGUUUAUUGGAAGUUUCAUAACCUACCUAUAUGUGUAUGUUUACUACUUUUCUUUUUUAUGACAUUUUCUGUAACAGUACUUCAAAUUAUAUAAAAAGUGUAACAGUGAUUUGGAUAUUUUUAAAAAAUUAGAAUAAUUUCCAUUUAUUUCAGCUUGUAAUACCUCUUUACAAGUUAUCACUAUUAGCCAACUUCUGUUUAUUGUGCCGUGAAACAAAGUCGAUUGAGUCUCUCUUUCUCCCCCACCCCUCUUUCAAAACUAAAAAACUCAUGUUUUAGGCAGUUAAUUCAUAAUGAGGUGUUUCUAUUGUUUGUUGUUUUACAAACAGAUUGAAAUACUAAAACACCAGAAGAAUACAGAAUGGACUAUUUUGAAACCUUACUGAAACUGAACAUUUUAUGUAACGUAUUUUAUGAUACUGAAGAAAGAUCUCAUAAAAAAAAACUAUUUAUUUUGAGGGUAAAGUUUAAAAAUAAAACAUUUUUUUCUUUAUUUAAUUUUUUUAAACUGAGAAACUAUAAUGGUACUUUUACUGUGAUAAAAAUACAGCUUACUCUUUGCUACAGCUUUUUUAGUCAUUUGGCUGUAUGAUCAUUGGAUGUAAGUUAAUUUUGAUGCUAGAGGAAAAAAAUCACGGCUUACUCUUUUUACUAAGACAGCUGUAGCGUGAAAUUCAGCUAUCUAAUUCUGUGAUGGUUUUACAACUUUUGUAGUUCAAAUUUUGUCCAUUAAAACAAAAGACUGAGACCCAUAUUAACAACAAAAGUAUGUGAAACACUAUACAGAACCCAAAUUAUCAAUAUAAAAUGUCAGAGGAAAUCAAAUAAUGGGGUUAUGGGUCUUACAGCUAAAAAUAUGAUACACAAUCUGGGACAUAACUGUAAUAACAAUUUUAACCUUAGAGUAUACUAAAACAAUGGGGUUAUGGGUCUUAGAGCUAAAAAUAUGAAACACAACCUGGGACAUAACUGUAAUAACAGUGUUCACGUUAGAGUAUACUAAAACAAUGGGGUUAUGGGUCUUUCAGCUAAAAAUAUGAUAAACAAUCUGGGACAUAACUGUAAUAACAGUGUUCACGUUAGAGUAUACUAAAACAAUGAGGUUAUGGGUCUUACAGCUAAACAUAUGAUACACAACCUGGGACAUAACUGUAAUAACAGUGUUCACGUUAGAGUAUACUAAAACAAUAGGGUUAUGGGUCUUUCAGCUAAAAAUAUGAUACACAAUCUGGGACAUAACUGUAAUAAUAGUGUUCAUGUUAGAGUAUACUAAAACAAUGGGGUUAUGGGUCUUUCAGCUAAAAAUAUGAAACACAGUUUGAAAUCUUACUGAACAACAGUAAUCUGACACUGAACUCAAAUAAUGGAGAUUAUAGUUUAUACAAAGUAAAAAUGUGAUACAUCUGUGACCAAUAUAACUAGGAAUCUCAAAGUUGACUUAAUGAUAAAAAUCUCUGAAUAAACUUGUUCAAAUGGUUUUAACAUUUAACAUUAGUUUGAUACAUUUCUGCUCUCCAGCUAUUCCUACCAGCAAGAAAUGUCACACUGUGAUGUUCGUAAAUAAAGAAUAAGAUAUGGGUAAAAUAUUUUUAUAUAUAUAGAGAGAAAUAUAAGUUAUUCUAAACAAAAAAUUAAAAAAUGAUAGUUUUAUUAUAAAAUGUAUGAUCUUCACUAUUUAGUACAAAUCAGGUUUGUUUAUAAAAAUUUAAUAUCAAAUUAUUAACGUUGUAUUAGUAUCUACUAGUCAUAAGCAUAUGGCUGUACAUUCAGUGAUUUUGCAGAGAGUAUGACAACAGUAGUUGAUAAGUUGUAUAUUAACUUAAGUUUUAACAAAAGUAGUCAUCAUACAACCAGGUGAGUUAUACUAGAAAUGUUGAGUGCUCACUUUGUUAAGAAGGAGAUUUGAACAUGUGAUUUUCUACAGAUUAAAUCCAUUUUUUCCAUUCUGUGAUUACAUUCAUGAAUUGAUUUUAUCAUUUAGUAAAAAUCAAAUAUGACUUGGUGUAAAUAGUGCUUCAGUGAAGCUCAAUUUUUUAUUAUAAUUUUUAAUGAACUCCUUUACUGGUCUGUCGUUUCUGUACAUAUUUUGUGUGUAACGGGCACAAAACAGACCAUUUUAAAAGUUUUUUUUUCUUCUCUCUUCAGAUUUGUAAGAAAUUUUUGUUGCAGAAUUUAACUUUUUUGAUGUUUGUUGCAUUUUAUAUGUUGUGUAUGAGAGCUUGAGUUUUGAAAGUUUUCUUGAAAGUCAUUGAAAAGUAAAAUACGAAUUUGACGAUGUAGCCAAAACUUCCUCUCUGAAAAGAAAAUUUGGUGCUUAAAGUAGAACAGUGUUUUUAAAAGAUAAUUGUAAUUUUUAUCACUGAAACAACAACUAUUUAUUUAAAAAUUAAAUUGAAUUCAUGAAGUUAGUUUAUACUUCACUGUGCUACUCCAGAUGUUAAUUAUAUUAUUGAAUACAGUUAUACGCAGCUGUAGACUGUUGUACAUAUUAGUGAAGAAUUAGUCAAUCUCGAGAUUACAAAAUAUUCAUUACCUGUUAAAAAAGAAGUUUCUUAUUGACAGUGUUUUUUCUUUUAAAAUGUAAUAAAAUAAUACAUUUGUAAUUAUAUAAAUUUCACCAUCAAAUUUCAGUGGGCACAUACAGCUUUGCCUAUUUUGUGUGUACCUGUAAAUUCUAGGGACUUUGUGUCGAAGGGCAUUAUCUAACGUGCUCAGUUAUCUUCCCAUAUUUCAUUUUAGUAUGUUAUCCGUAUGAACCCAAGUGAUUAAGACGUUUAGAUAGCAUAGCGUAAUUAUUGAAAACUGUGUCUGUCCACAAAUAAAUGUUUAAAAUAUCAUAUGGUUAAAGCAUGUAAACUAGUGCUAGAAGGACAGAUUAUAUGUUUUGAAUGUUGAAACUAGCUUUUAGAAGCUUAAAACGUUAAUCUUCUUAUUGGAAAAUAAAAGUUCUAAAAUGUUGAAACUAGCUUUUAGAAGGUUAAAACAUUAAUAUUCUUAUUGGAAAAUAAAAGUUCUAAAAUGUUGAAACUAGCUUUUAGAAGGUUAAAACAUUAAUCUUCUUAUUGGAAAAUAAAAGUUCUAAAAUGUUGAAACUAGCUUUUAGAAGGUUAAAACAUUAAUCUUCUUAUUGGAAAAUAAAAGUUCUAAAAUGUUUAAACUAGGGAUGGAGCAAAUAGAACUUUGGUCAUAUUUCAGAUAUUUGGCUCCUGAAAUUAAAUGGGAUUUGGAUAUUUUUGGAUCAGAUAGUAGAUGUGGUCGUACGUAUUGAAAAUGUACCCUAGACACAAGCUACCACUUCAUUAGAAUAUGGCAUGAAAUUAGUUAAGGGUGACAUUGUUCUUUUGAAAAUCUAAUAAGGAUGUAUAGUCCAAUAGGAGUGAAUGGUUGUUGCAGGCCCAUUUAGGGAAUGCGAUGUGAGACAGUGUUUUACAUGCACUCCCGACCUCCAGAUGAGAAUGUUGGUAGGGUUGUGCUUGUCGUUGCAGUUGCUACCAUAGUCACUUGUGGUAUCCAAUUGCAGCACCAUGGGUGGGCAUGCUGUUUACUUAAACUUUAUUAGGACUAUCUCUAUUGUAGCUACCAGAGCUCCCGUUUUAUAAUACCAAGGAAAAUGCUGCUAUGUUUAGAUAAUACAAUACAUAUCAUGUACGAUGAUCAUGCAAGUUAUAUAAUGCCUUCUUAAUAUUGUGAGAUAAUCUGUUGAUGGAAAUGCAAUUUGAUUAUCCAAUUCAUCACAAAAUUAACAUACCUUUGGAUCAGAUUGGAUUUCGAUGUAUAGUGCAGUAACUGAUCCAGUCAGAUGUUUGUCCCAUCUAUAGUUGAAGCAUUUUGUUAGAAGGCUAAAGGUUUAGAAUGUUAAAACUGAACAUUGGAGUGUUAAUUGUUUAAAGAUUUAUGACUGUUGUAAGAUACUUUUCUUAUUCUUGCUCGAGGCUGCUCGUACCAAACAUACAGUUUGACUUUACUGUUUAUAAGCAAUUUGGAUUUUAAUUGGAAAACCUUUUAUGGCAAAUGACUUUAUUAGUUUCCUAUCAUAAUGCCACAUCUUGGGUAAUGCUCCAGUUUCUUAAGUAACUUUUAUUCUUUUAACGGUCUCUUUAAUCUUUAUAAUGCUUAUAAUAGAGAUAUCCAUGAACAAAAGUAAAAGAAACAUUCUGUUAGAAGUGAGGAGGAAUAGUAAAUGACAUUUAUUGUUUCUCGUGUAUUAUACUUAAAGCACCCUUGUUGUGUAUUAUACUUCAAGCACCCUUGUUGAAUUGGAGAAUUCACACAUUUGAAAUCUCACAACUGUACCUGACAUUUUGCUAAGGAUGCAUGUUUUUAUUAGAGAUGUAGAUCAAAGUAGUUUCUAUUUAUGGAUCUUUAAAAUCAGCACAUUAGCUCCAGUUGUUCCUUCAUCUCUUGUCUGGCAAUCCAACAUUUUGAUCAACUGUGUGUCACUGUCAUAAGAUCACUUCAUGUGCUAGUUUAGGCACCUACGUGAGAAAUUUCGGACAGAGGAUUAAAUUUCUUGAGUUUUAAUGGUCAGAUAUAACUGUCGGGAGGAGGUAGUUUUCCAUUUUAAUGUGUAGCAUAAAGAGUUAAUAAGCUUGAAUGUUUUGGUGUAACUCUUAGAAAAUGGGGGGGAUUUUUAUCGUCACGAAAAUUUCAUCUUAUUACCAGAAGAUAGCACUUAAAGUUACCAGGUGCUGGAGGACCUUAAACAGUUUUUUUUUUUACAAGUUAUAGCUUUUACAGUAAAGAACGUUUUUUUUAACAGGUAGGACAUUCAAUUACAGUGCAAUCAUUCUUAAGUACACUGAUUAAUAUAAAUACAGAAACCUUUUUUUACCAUCAAAACCUACGUACUUGAGAAUUAUCACACGAGGGAUUGAAAUGUCGUAACUGUUUAAAGAAAUAUAUAUUCUUCCUUACUGUGAAAAGCUGUAACUUAUAAAAAAAAACAGAUUACUUAUGAGUAAGUUAACUGAAACAAAAUUAUUAAUUGUAAAAAAUUCUAUUGGCUGUUUUAGGAUGAAAGUUUGGAAUGUUUGAAAGAUAAUUUUUUUUUAAUCUCUGGAGUAUACUGUCGGCUAACAUUUAGUUUCAGUACAUGUCUGAAGACAAUUUGGCUUUAAAUUGAAAAUCUUAUCACUGUUACUCUAGGGUUUGACGUUUACUUAACUUGUGAUGCAGCCUUGAAACACUGAUUUGAAAGGGAUUGACUGUUUGAAUUUCUUUUUUAACUUUUUUUGCUGUUGUUUAGAAAAAAAAUUAUACCAUAUUUCCAAGACCUAUUAUUGUAAUAGUCAUAAUGUUCUAAAUAUUAUUGUAAUUAUAACUUAAUUAAUUGAAAAAUACAAUAACAGCAACUUUUACAGCACACAAGUUCUUAUUUAAAUGAUUAAAAUGUUUCAACCUAUAGUAUUGGGAUAUCACCAGGUAAAAGUGGCAUUCAUUUCUGAAUACUACAAGAAAAAAAGUCUUUUAUUUUUUGGUUCUGAAUGAAAUGACAUUGGUACAGAUCAUAAAUAUAUCAUACAGUAUCUUUGUGUAGUUAUUAUGUUUGUAAAGAUAUACAUAUGUGUGUGUAUGCUUUAUCAUUUCAUGGUAUUGAUGAAAAAGUAAGGUGGUACAGAGUUGGAGUAAUAAAUAUAAUAUAUUGGUGCAAGGACACUGUUUAUAUCUCCAAUGGCUCAACAUGCCCAUCAAACUUACCUUAAACAGUUUUUUUACAUAUAGAUAUUCUCUGUAUGCAAAAAUAUUUUAGUGUUUUGAAGGGUCUGCAAAAACACUACGUACAUUAUGUUACUUACACAGCUUUCAAUAUAUACAGAGAUAAGAGAAAAAUUGUUUCUUGGAGGCAUAGAGAAAUUAAGAGUGACUUAAAGUAACAGCGUUACUUUUGUUUACUUUUUGAGAAUUUAAAUAGCAUUCUUGAAUCACGGGCUUUAGUAUUCUUCUGUGAUUUUAGAGUACCAUGUUAAAUGAGCAAGAAUUUGCUGAAGAAAUUAUAUAGAAUAACUAAAAAGGAUUAUUAUAAAUUCAAUUUUUUAAUUUCUAUAUGUUUUAGUAAUAGAAAUGCCAUAUUUGUUUGUGUUUUUGAUUGUCUUCGAAGAAAUGAGAAAUAAAUAUUUAGAUGCAUUUUCUCAUAACUUUAAUAAAUUGUUGGUUUUUCAUAUUGAAAGUUAGUUGUCGUUAAAGUUGUUCCUAAAAAUCAUGAACCUGAUGUAAGUUAAUAAAUACUGUUAUUACAGUCCAAGAUAUAUAGCUGAGGAUACUCAUGAUACUGUGUGUAUAUAUAUAAACACACACACACGUAACAUCAGUGCUGGGUAUCUCAAAGAAAAGUUGUCAAAUAAAAUGUAAUACUGUGUAUUUCAACAACAUUAGAAACUCAGGAAAAAAAAUCUACUUUUUGAUAAAUUUGAAGUAGAAGCCUUAAGCGGUUCUUCCGAGGUUUUACAUACAUUAUCUUCCACAUAGAUAGAAAGAAAUAUACAUGAGUGUUUUUAAAUUCAUAUCCCACAUUUCUUGAGUAUAGAAAUAACAUUACACAUGUUUGUUAAACACCACAGUUUUACUUCAGAGCAUUGUGGUGAUUAAAUAGUGAUGUUUAGAGAUUGAAAAAGGAAUUUUAUGUAAGAAAAGAUAUGUAUGUAUUAAUAACAUGGCUGAUAAUGAUAUGCUUAACAAUUAAAUUUAUGUGUAACCUACUGUGUUAUGAUAUAGUGUUUUUUUUAUUGUAAUCAUUAUUUUUGUAGUUUGUGAGAUAAAGUUGUUUUAAUACAAAAUGUAUUGAUGUAUGAAACAGCACUUCAAGUAGUUGUGUUCAUCGGAUAUUAUUUAAUGUGUAAUUUUGAUUGUAGUAAAUAAAGUGAGUUAUUUUGUAGAA